ACUUGUUCAAUUACUUUAGUGUUCAAUUCCUGACUCCUGUAAUGGCUAUAAUGUCACUAUAUUUUGUUUAUUAUUUGUAAUAUAAUAUUUAUGUUUGGAUUGAUUUUGGAUAUUGUGUAGUGUUCAGAUCUAUAUUGAAUCUUCGUAUAAAGUAACUAUACUAAAAAUGUCUUCAGAAGAAAAUAUAAGUAAUGACCCAUUCAAUCACAGGACUAUUGAUUUUGGUAUUUACUACUUGGAUAUUGUGGAAUGUCCAUUAGAUCCAAACCACAAACUUAGGCGUCACAGAUUGCCUUAUCAUAUUUUAAAGUGUAAAAAGGCAUUUCCAGAUAAAAUACAAUGUCCUUAUGGACAUUAUUAUUAUUCAGAAAAACAUGAAAUGGCCAAUCAUUUGUUAGUAUGCCCUCAUAAGCCAAUGUCAGUUCAAGCUGAUGAAAUGCAACCGUCCAUGAUACAAGUUCAACAAGCUAAAAAUGAGAAUAUUGUCCGAAACUAUGAUGUCGACAAAUAUGAAAUUGAUGAACCAUAUUGGGAUUAAUUAUUAAUUAUCUACCAGAAAGAGUCUAUACAAACAGAACAUUUUUAACUAUCAAAUUGACAGUGAAAUAAUUGAAGAUUUCAUGAAUAAAAACAAAUACAUGCCAUAAUUUGUGUCUACAACACAGUACAAAGUCAAAGUUUGAAAACAAGCCUAUAAAUCGUAAUAUGUAUGUUAAAACCAUCAACUAAACACAAAUAUUUUUUCAAAAUAAAUCCAGUAUUCUUUUUCUAAUUUAUGCUAAAAAGCUAUACUUAGUAAGUCGUCUUUAAAGAUGUAUAUUCUAAAAAACUUUAAAAUUAAGUAAAAAAUGAUCAAAAUGUUAAAAAAUACCAUGUAAAUUUUAUAU